AUGUUUGGAAACUCGGCUCCUAAACCAUCAAUUUUCGGAGGUGCUGCGACAACUACUCCUUCCACAGGAUUUUCUUUCGGAAACUCUAGCACAGUUUCAACUGCAGGAACCAAUAUAUUUGGCACUUCAACAACUUCAUCCGCUGGCAGUGGAAUGUUCGGUUCAAAUUCACAGACGGGAACUGGCUCAUUUGGAGCCCAAGCUGGUUUGUCGGGAUUUUUCAGAGUUCCAUAUUUUUCACAUUCUUUCGUUUCAGCGCAACCAGCUGGGUCAGUUUUUGGUGGAUCAGCAGCUCCUGCUCCUACAGGAUUGUUCGGAAGCAGUAAUUCUGCUGCCUCUACAACCAGCGGUUCGUCCGGAAUGUUCGGUUCGAGUACCCCAUCUCCUAACCUGUUUGGUGCUAAUGCCGCUGCCAAUUCUGCUGCCCCCACCAGUGGUGGUGGGCUCUUCGGCUCUUCGACAAGCAAAUCGACCGGUCCAACAUCUAAUUUGUUCUGCAACUCUACAGGGACUACCGCAGCUUCGGCAGCUCCUAGUACCGGACUUUUUGGAUCAUCGUCGGCUGCUGCUCCAUUAUCGGGAAUCUUCGGUAACACAAAUGCAACCGGAGCACCAGCAUCUACUAACAUGUUCGGUGCACCUACCAAUACCGCUCCUACCACAUCUAGCACUGGACUUUUCGGAGCCCCAGCUACUGCUCAAACCACAACAGGAGGACUUUUCGGAGCCCCAGCUACUACUCAAACCUUAACAGGAGGACUUUUUGGAACAACGCCAUCAUCAGCGGCUACAGCUCCAACUACUAAUAUUUUCAGUGGGACGGCUGGGACGGCUCCAGUUUCAACUCUCGGUCUUUUUGGAACGGCAACUGCCUCGAAGACAGCUACGGCCGCUCCAACAACUGGAGGACUCUUUGGAAAUUCUGCAGCAGGAACUCCGUUGUUCGGUUCAGCUUUGGCAGGUACUACGGCAGCUCCAGCAGGUGUUUUGAUUUCCACACCGACAUCCGCCACAACAGCUACUCCCGCCAGUGGAGGAUUGCUCGGCACUCCUGCGACUUCUGCAUCUAUUGGUCUUUUCGGCACUUCUGCUACUACUCUAGCUGCUCCUACUACAACACAGAAUACAGCUCCGACAACAACUGCGAGUACUGGUUUGUUCGGUGUGACGUCAGUAGCUAGUACUGCGCCUUCAAGUGGCGGACUGUUUGGAACCGGCGCGGUAGCAUCAGCACCAACUGCUAACUUGUUUGGAACUCCUGCAGCUACAACUACCCCAUCUGCUACUGCACCAGCUCCAACUGCUAAGCUGUUCGGAACUUCUGGAACCACAACUGCCUCAGCUGCUGCACCAGCUUUAUCUGGAGGUCUUCUUGGUAGCGCAGCUCCAGUAACAGCACCGGCAACUACAGCAUCAGUCGGUAGUCUUUUCGGGAAAACAGUUGCAGCCGGCACAUCUGCCACUCCCGCUGCUGGUCUCUUCGGUUCUAGACCAACAAGUGCAGCAACUAGUUCUACACCUGCAACGUCUGGAGGGUUGUUUGGUACUGCUCCAGCUGCUGCUCCUUCUACAGGCCUAGAAUCGACUGUAACGCAAACUCCCACAACAAUUACUGCUACCGCUAGUACAACUCCAGCUACUACAUCUACUGCUCCAGUGGCCAGUACACCAAAACCAGUGGAAACCACUUCAGCUCUUGGACUUGGAUUAACUUCAACACCACUUGCUAAAGGAUCUGGAUGGGCAACUGGAGGUCUUGGCGGACUGAAAGGAGCUGCGGCCACGAAUACAAGUCUGAAAAUCGGAGCCAGUGGAAGUGAAACUCUGUCGGAAGAGGAAAUCAAAGCCGGACUUGCCGGAGCUGAUAGUAAAGCGUUUUUCACUGCUCUUCAAGAAGUUGUCAACAGCUAUCAUUCUGAAAUCGCGAAACAGGAACGUGUUUUCAACAAUAAAAUUCUGGAACUGAACGCAUAUGACCGGGAGCUUAUCGCUCUGGAGCCAAAGGUGUUGGGCCUUUACAAUGAAAUGGAUGAGUUGAGUGGAAAUUGCAAAAAACUCAAUUUCAAUAUUGGUUCAAUGACGUCGGUUUUGAAUGAUAUUGAAGAGACAGUUGCUGAGCUCGAAAAGAAGUUGAACCUUCCUGAUUGGACCAAUCUUGAUUAUAAAUUCCCAUUGGAUAGUCGAUUCGCUAGUCGUCAUGAUGUGCAGAGAGUUCAAAUGUGCAAUGUAGUGUCUUUCAGUGCUCAAAUGAUGUUGAACGUGGAUUCUCAAAUGAAAUCAGCUGAUUUCGAUCUCGAUCAGAUCACUCAGACUCUUAACAACAUGCAGGCUACAGUAUUGAAAACGAAAACUGAAACGCCACUGGAAAAAACUGAGUUGAUAAUGAAGAAGCAAUUGCAGAAAUUGAUCGAUCUCUCUGGGCAACAUGGUAAGAUUCUGAGGGAGACCGUUAGAAUCAUAAAUCUUACUUCCUUCUUUUUUUCAGAUGUUACUCGCGAAAAGUUGGUAAAACUAAAGGAUGAUCACAGCCUGCGAUUGAAAGACUCGAAAGCAUAG